GCAGUUAUUAUAGCCAGUUCAUUUGAUAGUCGAUAGUAAUACUUCAUGCAACAUUGGUAUGGAAUUUAACAUGGCCGACUUUUUGCAAAAAUGGAGAAAAUUUUACAGCAGCUUGGACUAGCAAAUCUUUUAAGUCUAUUUGUCGCAGAAAGGGUGGAUGAGAAAAUCGUUCUUUCUUCAACGGACAGCGAACUUUCUCGCAUUGGGGUCUCAACUAUUGGGGAUAGGGUGCGAUUACGGGAAUUAUGCAAAAAAUCUCUAGAGUUAACUGCUCAAGGAGUCAAGGGGGUUCUACAUCAGGAGCCUUAGCCUCUCAAGAAGUUCGAAAAUUGUUUCACAAUAACCGAAGAGGAAGUAAAAAGGGAACAAAACAAUCGAGGAAAAGGACUUGGACAGCCCAAAUGGUUUGCUUGGCAGAUAGAAUGGCGUACAAAGUCCCCACUGCAGCCGAAAAACAAGUUCUGUUUAAGGCAGGGCUAGGAUGUAAGAAGAUCAAAUUCGAUGUAGAUGAUGACGAGGAAACAGUCGUGAAGAAAAUAACUUCAAGUGAGACUGAGAAUGGCUCGUCUGAAGUUCUUGGUUUUCCACAGCUUAAUUAUGAUUGUGGUGUGUUUGAACUGAUGAGAUGCGUAGCGAAUUGCAGGGAACUUGUUGUUGUUGAUGGCUCAUGGUCUGUAAAAGACUUAAAAGCAAAUGGCGGUCCUCAGGCAAAAAUCUAUCUGAGACCUAUCCAAAAGUCUGUCUUGACAAAACCUCUUUUUUCUCGAAAAAAGUCAGAAGUAAAAGAAAAGUGCAUUAGUUGUGAUCAAGAAUUUUUAGUACAUGAACUGCGAAAACACAGUUUUCGGUGCACAAAGAUGUUUGAUACAAGUGAUGAGGGUGAAGAAGAAAAGCAAGAAGAUGUAACCCACAUACCUAAUGAUGGUCCAGGCCAAACUGAUGAUUUGGAAAUUGAACCAUUUAUCAUGUCUUCAGUCGCAUCUGAAUCAGUUAUAUCAAUAACAGUACAACUACCAACUCUACAAGUUUCUGUUAAUCAUGCAACACCUCCUAUCAUUAUUGAUCCAGAUGAGAGUGUCUCUGACACCCAUGAAAAGACGGUUGAUAAUAUCAUUGCAGAAUUAGUCCAAUAUUGUCAUUCUAAUGAUGUAUCAGAUCCUGUGGAGAUUCUUUCCUGCUACCAAUCCAUGUUUGUUAAAGGAAGAGCACUGGAAAUCAAAGACCCAUCAGUUUGUGAAGAAGACGAUACAAAUAUCAUUUUUAUUGAUCGUGAAAAUGUAUUGGAUACAGGAUUUGAUGAAAUUGAUCAAAUCCAAAACUUGCGUACAACAUUAGAAAUUGAGUUCUAUGGGGAGAGUGCCAAAAACUAUGGAGGACCUCGCAAAGAGUUCUUUGUGUUGAUUUUGAAUGCAAUCAAACAUAAAUAUUUUGAUAAAGGACUGAGAAAGCACUUCUGUGAUCAAUAUGAAACAGUUGGAAAGAUCCUAGGAUUGAGUAUCGUUCAAAAUGGCAAAAUCCCUAAGUUCAUAGAUGAUGAAAUUUUGGAAAGAUUACUGCAGAUUAACCCUAAUGAAGAUUCUUGCAUUAUUCAACUUCGAAAGGGUUUAAAACAGAUAGGAAUAAUUCAGGUGAGCAAAUUUAAGAAUAAUGAUCACCAAAUCCAAUUAAAUCUAAAAAAUUAGUGCUAAUCAGUUUUUUGUUGUUUUAGAUUAGCAAGACAGAUGCCAAUAUUUAGGCAUCUGUUUAUCCCAAGUCAAAGUGAAAAUAUAUCAAUCAGAAUGGUUAUCCACUUAUCAAAGCCUAAGUUCAGUGAAGAGGGUUCAAAUUCAUUGAAAUUUGAAAAAGAAGUAUAUGCUAUAUUCGUUAAAUAUCUUCGCGAAGUUACAGCUGGAAGAAGAAGUAACAUAUCCUUGGGAAAUAUUUUACAAUUUGUUACUGGGAUGGAUGAAGAGCCAGUUCUUGGUUACACCCUGCAACCUAAAAUUGUUUUCACUGAAGUAGAAUCAUCAUUUGUUCCAACUGCAAAUACAUGCAUAAAUCAACUCAAUCUUCCUAGACCAACAAUGGGAAAACCUUUACCAGCUAAUAACACCAACAUCUUCGAACUAUAUGACUAUGCAUUCCUUAAUUGCUAUUUUGGUAUGGCUUAGAUGUGGUUGUGAAAAUGUACUGUAGAUUUAAUGUAAAUAUAAGUUGUAGCUUCCAAAUUUAUGGUUUAUGGGUUAAAGGUUGGUUUUCAUGCGACAUAAUUUGUCGUAAUUCUUUGUUAUGGAAAGUCUUUGUUAUGGAAAUAUUAUGUAAAAUUAAAUGGGUAAAAGUUUAUAUUGUUUUCCAUAACCUUAUGAUGAAAAUUCACAUUGACAAAAGUUAUGUUUGUACAAAUAAAUGUUAAAGUUCGAUGUGAUUGUUCAUUAUUUCAAGAGUUUCUUCAUACUUAUCUACGCCAUGGUUGUUAGAUGUCCAUGUACUUGGCACCCUAUAUGCCAUCUCUUGCAGGCAAUCUUCACUCAGCUCUACUUGAGGUGCCUCAAAAAUUGGUCGCUGGCUAACAUCAUUAUCUUGCUCAUCUAUGUUACCCUCAACACCAUACAUUGCAAUAUCAGCCAUGUUGAUGUCAUUGUUAAUGGGGUUUUGUAUCUGACCAGACACAUUUGCAUUGGUGACGAUCGUGUUGUACGUAGCUUGUGUCUUGCCCAGGCAUCCCGCCAUGUUGCUAACUUCUCACUUAUUUUGGAAUAAUAAACAUGAUGAAGUGCUGCGAUGUGCAGAUCAUUAAGUGGAUCAAGUAUACUUGAUUCUUCCAUAAAGUAAAACAACUUGUAGUAGUAGCCAAGGACACCAGUAAAUACAUCUUUCCACAAUCUCUCAAUCCUCUGAUUGUGGGUGCUUUUACCAGUUAUCAUGCUCGCCCGAUUUGCACCCUGCUUCUCAAUCAUAAAUUGGGCUAUAUGGACAUUUUCUAAACCAUUGUCGCCUCGUACCCUGCUAGGUAAACCGUAUGUUUGAAUACCGUCUAAAAACCCCCGUAAGAGUGUAUGAGCUUUGUUGUUGUUGAAGCAUUUCAAGGCAACACAUAGUCGACUAAAACAAUCCAGGCAACCAAAAAUGACAAAAUUCCAACGAACAAGCUUAUGGUUUGUAUCCAAAUGCCACAAAGCAUUUGGGCAUGGCACGUUGUAAACACGUCGGUGUAAACGACCUCGCUUUCUAUCUUCAACUCCAUCUGAAUCCACUCUGUGAAUGCUGUCUCGUAAUCUCGCACGCUGUACUCUUACACCUCUACCGCGGAGAAUUUGGUUCAACAUGUUCUCUCCACACAAAGGAAAAUCUUUGCAUAAAGUUUUAACUUCACUGUCAGGUUCAUCGUCUGUAAUGUCGCUGAAUGCUAACUUACUCAGCCCAAACAUUCUCAUCCUUCUAUAAACUGUGCUUUCGGAAAU